AUGGAUUCGGUAGCAUCCACGGAUUCCGGGGUUUCCAUGCAGCGUAAAAAAUAUGAAGAAAUCACGAGUAGCCUCGAGAAGCAACUGAAUUUGAACCGGAAACAGGUUGGCAUUUGUGCACUAUGCGAGAAAGCGAUAGUGGAAGAAGCAGAUGUUACGUACGCAUUGGGACAAGUGUACCAUCAAAAAUGCUUUGUAUGUGAUAUUUGCGGAAGAACACUGCGCGGCAAAAAAUUCUAUAAGGUUAGAGUUUAUAAUUUUGAGGCCAAGACUUCUGCUUACGGACAUUUUCAUGAGGGAAGAAACAUGACGAUGAAACAACAGCUUUAUCUAGUUCAUACUUUGAUCAGCUGCAGUUUACUUCGGUGUUCUCCAACUGACAACUUUUCCAAUUGCUUUGAUCAGUGCCGCAUUGUGCAGUGGUCAGCCUGCUGA